GGAAAAACAAAGCAAUGGUGGUUUUGGCCCCUCUGCCCACCUCCGGAGCGGGUUGAAGGUGGCGCGUCCUGGCUGGAGUGGAAAAAUCAAUGCAGGGCUGCUGGAAUGUCCUGGAAUGUUUAUAACAGUCAGGGAUAAUUGAGUGAAUCUGGAACCAGAAAAGACAAACUGGGGUCCCGCGGUGGAAGAAUGUGCUUUUGAGAUCUCUGAAGUUUAACAUUCCAUCCAUUCAGGCUGCUUGGCCAGGCCCACAACCUGCCUCAGAUGAUACCACCGGGAAUAUGGGACAAAACACACCCUUCUCCUGCUGUCCACCAAAGACUGACUCCACACUGCAGGACAAGAACCACCCUCUUCUGACAUUCCUGCUCAGGUUGAACGUGCCAAGCAUAAGCGAGCGUAAAACAUGGCUGGUUUGCUGGCGAAAUUUGGUCACUACACCCACGCCGUGGUCCGGGGAAUCCCUGCUUCCCUGGCCACAGAGGCGCUCCGCAGCAGUCAGUCGGAGGUGGAUCUGGACAAAGCGCACCAGGAGCACGCGGACUAUGUGGAGGUUCUGAGGAGGAGACUGGGGCUGGAGGUGGUGGAGCUGCCCGCGGACGAGGCGCUGCCGGACUGCGUGUUUGUGGAGGACGCGGCCGUGGUUUGCGGUGACACGGCGCUCAUCACCAGACCUGGAGCAGAGAGCAGGAGAGGAGAG